AUGUCAUCACUUGAUUCUCAAUUGUAUGAGUGGUGGUUAUACGAAGAAGCAUCUCUCGAACGUGAUAAACGUAAUGUUGAUGUAUUCUGCCAUCAUCGGCGUGUACAACUUAUUUUACUUGAUACAUGGAGACAUAUUUCACAAGUUCCUAUGCAAGCUAUGAACAAAUUAGCUGAUCAAUCGAUUGAAUCCUAUUGGACUACAAGACCCUUUAAUAAAAAUGCUUUUAAACAAACUGAUGAAACUCAUCAAAUUACUUUUUCAUCUUGUAUUAAUUGGUCUCGAAUAAGUGAUGCAAAUAUACGUCAGAAAAUGAUGAAUGACAAAGCUCGACCCCUGUUCAAAGGUCAUAGUGAUGGACGAAAUCCUUUAUGUGGUCAAAUAAAUUUACUUUCGAUAAAAACACCAAAAAAUUCAUCAGUCAUUGACAAUCAACCACAAACAUUAAACAAAAAGCGUCCAGCUCCAGCAUGUUUUUCUGAUGAUACCAUGGAUACAAGUACUAAUCAUCAUUAUCGACCACCAUUUGGUAAACAACAAUCACAACAGCAACCACAAGCUCCACAAGAAAGUUUAUCAUUUCGUACAGCACGUGACCAAUUGGAAAUCGAGGAAGCACGUACGAAAGGGAAUGUUGGCGGUGGUGUUGUAAAGAAAUCUCUUGGUAUGCAUUCAUCAGCCAAACGUUCAAUAUACAAUCGUUAUGUUGAUCCGACGGCUGUACGACAACCACAAGGAGAUUCAAAUCGACAAGUGAUGCCACCACCUCCACCUCCAACACCUGUCUUACAAAACAAUCAAUCAAAUAAUGCUGAUUCUUCAACUAAUAAACUAGAAGAAAGUGGUGGUGCAAAACAUAUUGAUCCUAAAUUAAUCGAAAUGAUUACGAGCGAAAUUAUGGAACUUAAUUUAACAACAACAUGGACUGAUAUUGCUGGUUUAACUGAUGCUAAACGAUCCAUAACAGAAAUUGUUGUUUGGCCCAUGCAACGACCUGAUAUCUUUACAGGUUUAAGAAGACCACCUAAAGGUUUACUUCUAUUUGGUCCACCAGGUACAGGAAAAACACUUAUCGGUAAAUGUAUUGCAAGUCAAUCGAAAGCAACAUUUUUUUGUGUAUCAUCAUCAUCAUUGACUUCAAAAUGGCAUGGUGAAAGUGAAAAAUUAGUUCGAGCAUUGUUUGCAGUAGCUCGUUCACGACAACCAGCUGUGAUUUUCAUUGAUGAAGUAGAUUCAUUACUGCAAGAACGAUCAGAAAACGAAGAUGAAAGUACACGUCGUAUUAAAACAGAAUUUCUUGUACAGAUUGAUGGAGCAAGUACCCAAGGUGAAGAACGUCUUCUAUUAAUUGGUGCUACUAACCGACCACAGGAACUUGAUUCAGCAGCUCGUCGACGUUUUGUUAAACGUAUUUAUAUUCCAUUACCUGAUUUAUCAGCUCGACAAGCUAUCAUAUCAAAUCUAUUGAAGGAUCAAAAGCAUACUUUAGUCGAUAGUGACAUGGCACAUAUAUGUACACUUGCAGAUGGAUUCAGUGGUGCUGAUAUGCAUAGUCUUUGUCAUGAUGCAGCUUUAGGGCCUAUUCGAGAUAUACAUGAUAUUGAAUUACUCUCUAGUGAAGAAGUACGUGGUAUUUCAGUUGAAGAUUUUCUUAAAUCACUUAAAGCGAUUCGACCAAGCGUUUCUGAAAGUGAUUUAAAACAAUAUGAAGAUUGGAAUAAAACUUAUGGUUCUAUGUGA